AUGAGCAAAGCCUACCGUAUGCUGAUAGGUGAUGACCUCGUCAGUUCCGUCAGCUAUUUCGAGAAGUUCAAUCCAGCCAAUAGGGCUCUCUUGGCAAGGGUCCCAGUGGUUACCGCUGAGCAGAUUGAUGAAGCUGUCUCCGCUGGUAGGAAGGCUUUCGAAGCAUUCUCCAAAAUGUCGAAGGAUGCAAGGAACUCUAUUCUACUGGCGUGCAGCGAGGCGAUGACGGCUAGUUCUACUGAACUGGCAGAACUACUGUGUGAAGAGCAAGGGAAGCCGCUCUCCAGUGCGACCAAAGAGGUCGAGUGGGCAAUUAAUAGCUUUAAGAAGGCAGCUAAUAUGCCUAUCCCAGUUAAGAUCAUUCACGAGGACGACACUGGCAGAGUAGAAGUUCGCUACUGCCCCAUCGGCGUCGUGGCAGCUAUAGUUCCCUGGAACUUUCCCUUGGCAAUCGCUGCCUGUCACGCAGCGAUCUCCCUGGCGUUUGGUAAUGCUGUUAUUAUAAAGCCGUCUCCCCACACGCCGCUGACGGCUCUACGUCUGGGGGAGCUCUUCAUGGGCAUCGUACCUCCUGGUCUCAUCCAAGUAUUCACUGGACCCGACACUCCG